AUGUCUUCGGACACGAAAAAUUCAAUUCCAGAAGAACAGCCAUUAGAAGAGAAGACUAAAAAGGAGUCGUUUGAAAAAAGAAAUUUUUUAGAAAAACUAUGGCUAAUAAAAUCCAAUAUUUCUGUGGAACCGAUUCUGGCCGGUCUCAUCAUACCCUCAAUGUUAGCAAAGCUUGCAAUACAGAAUCUCAAUUUAGACAAAGCAUGUCGUGUCAGACUAAAUUAUACGGAUGAAAUCUGUGACUCCUUAAUUGUAAGAAAAGGAAACCUCACAUUUUAUGAGGGUGAAGUCCAAAAAGUCAUAUCUAACAUUGAAACAUGGAAGAGUAUUGUUCAGACUGCAUUACCGACAAUAUUGGUGAUAUUUAUGGGUGCGUGGAGUGACAGAACUGGUAAUCGAAAAUUAUGCAUCCUUUUGCCGAUAUUUGGAGAGUUCCUGGUGUGUAUCAGUAACAUCCUCAGCACAUACUUUUUCUAUGAAAUUUCGAUCGAAGUUACCAUGGUAUUGGAAGCGCUCUGUCCUGCACUCACUGGAGGUUGGGUGAUGGUUUACUUGGGGGUAUUUAGUUAUAUAAGCGACAUUACCGAUGAAGAGUCCAGAACUUUCCGUGUCGGUCUAGUCAAUUUGUGUAUGACUGCCGGUAUACCAAUUGGUACAGCGCUAAGCGGAAUUUUGCUUAAUAUAUGGGGUUAUUAUGGCAUAUUUUUGCUAUCAGGAACAAUUUAUUUGAUUACUUUUACAUAUGGAUGUAUUUUCUUGAAGUCAAAAACGAAGCCAGGUAUAGAACAAUCUGGGAAGGGCAAGGUAUUAACUUUUUCUGACCUCUUUACUUUAGUUAAAGAGACUGUAGCUGUUGCAUUCAAGAAACGAGACGGAAAUAUGAGGAAGAAAAUUAUUUUAUCGCUCUCUGUGGUUGCCAUUAUUUAUGGACCAAAUCAUGGCGAGAGGAUAAUCACAUACAUGUUUGUGAGAUAUCGACUUAAAUGGGACGCUUUGAAAUACAGCAUCUACUCCACUUACAGCAUUAUCACACAUUCUAUAGGCGCGUUAUUUUCUAUUAGUGUGUUCAGCAAACAUUGGGGCUUCCACGAUUCUAUGCUUUGCCUCAUCUCCAUAACGAGUAAGCUCAUUGGUUCCGUGUACAUCGCCUUCGUCAAAUCAGACUUGGAAAUGUUUAUGGUACCAAUAAUUGAAAUCCUUAACGCAACGACUUUCACCUCCCUGAGGUCAAUGGUCUCGAAGUUGGUCCUCCCCGAGGAAAUGGGGAAAAUAAACUCGCUUUUCAGCCUGGUAGAGACGCUCGCUGCGCUCUUGUUUGACCCAACUUAUUCUGCUAUGUACGCCAGAACGAUUCCAAUUUUUACCGGUGCUGUUUAUAUCUUCAGCGCCAUUAUGACGCUCCCGCCUAUAGCAGUUUUAGUGUGGUUCUUUGUACAGCACCGCCGUGAGACAAAACUUAGAAAACGAGAAGCGAUGGACGAACAAAUUGUAUGUUUUGAAGGUGCAGAAAUUUCAAAAUGAUAUUUCAAUUUAAUAAACUUUUUGCUAAAACACA